CGCGCCCAUUGGUGGAGGAGGGAAGUUUAAACGAAGAGAAGACCGAGUUGUUUUUUCUCUAGAGUUGUGAGUGUGUGGGGCUGUUUUCUUCAGCAGUCGAGGACACAGAACGAGAGAGGGGUGUAUCCGCUCCAGGAGACGGAGUGAGAGUUCCUGCAGGGCCGCCCGGAGAAGCCCCGAGGCCGCCAUGGCGACCCGGCGUCGGGGGCGCGGCUGCUGGGAGCGGAGUCCUCCAGAGAGGAGGCCGCCUGCCGGGCCUCCGGGUCCCCGGGCCGAGGAGGAGGCAGCAUCCCCGCCGGUCCUGUCCCUCAGCCACUUCUGCAGGUCGCCCUUCCUCUGCUUCGGGGACGUGCGCCUGGGAGCAUCGCGCACACUGCCCCUGGCCCUGGACAACCCCAACGAGGAGACCGCCGACGUGAGGCUGUCCCGCGUCCCGGCCGCCGAGCAAGGCUUCAGCAUCUGGCCCAGCGCCUUCGUGUUGCAGCCUAAAGAAAAAGUUGUGAUUUCGAUCACCUGGACACCAUUAAAAGGAGGCCGAGUAAGAGAGAUUGUGACAUUUCUCGUAAAUGAUGUUCUGAAGCAUCAAGCUAUAUUACUAGGAAACGCAGAAGAGCAGAAAAAGAAAAAGCGGAGUCUUUGGGAUACCAUUAAUAAGAAGAAAGCAUCAGCCUCUUCAAGUAAUAACAAGAAGGUUUCGAAUAUUCCAAAUAUUAAUAAAACAUUUAGUGUUUCCCCAAAGGCCGAGAGAGUCAGGAGCCCGCUACAAGCCUGUGAAAAUUUGGCUGUGAAUGAAAGCUGUUCCCCAAAAGACAACCAUUCUUUAAUCCUUGAAGAAAAUACAAUACCCAUAUCACCUAUCAGUCCCGCUUUCCCAGAGUGCCACGGGGACACCUGCCUGCCACUCUCUGCCCGUCGGUCCACGGCCUACACAUCCCUUCCUGUAUCUGAAAAUGGGGAGCUGCUGAAAGUGGAAGGUGCCCUCCUUUCAAAGGAUUUUAAUUUUAACGAGAAGAUCCUAACUGAAACUUCCUUUGACUCCACAAAUAAUGUUAACGGCCAAAUUGAAGAAAAUAGUAAACUUAUUCUUACCCCAAACUAUUCUUCAACUCUGAACAUUACACAAAGCCAAGGACAUUUUCUAAGUCCAGAUUCCUUUGUGAAUAACAGCCGCUCAGCUAACGAUGAGCCAGAAUUAGCGGCGUGUCCUUCACCAGAUAUAUUUGUGGAAGGUAAUUCAAGGCCUGUGCAAUUAGAAUCCAAAAGUGUGCAUGAAAUUUACCAGACAAUUUUAAGUCCAGAUUCUUUCAUAAAGGACAGUUAUGGACUAAAUCAGGAUCUAGAAUCAGAGUCAUUUAAUCCAGUUCUAUCCCCAGGUCAGUUUGUAAGAGGUAGUGUGGCAUAUAUAUGUAUAUCUCAGCAAACAUGUAAAUUGUCACCAUUAGCAAAUGUAAAUUCUCAGGCCUCACAGUCACCUCAAGAUGGGAGAAAAAAUGAAGUUUUUCCUUGUAUUCCUGAAUGUCAGCUUUCAAAAUCUCCAGAAGCUAUUUUUGAAGAAUCCAAAGCUGUAGAAAUGAAGUCAAAUUGCUACACUUUUAAAAAACAGAACCAGCCUAAAUUUUCUGCAGCUCAGGAUAUUUCUGGCCACAGCCACCAUAAACCAAUUAAGAGACGCCCAAUACUUUCUGCCACUGUUAUUAAAAGAAAGCCCACUUGUGCCAGAGAAAACCAAACAGAGACUAACAAACCAAAGGCAAAAAGAUGUCUCAACAGUGAAGUUGGUGAGUGCGAAAAAGAUAAUCAGAAAGAGGAUUUUCAUUCUUACAUUCUAGCUGGAGACCCAACAUUAAGUAAAACUAAGAAUUAUACAAAUGUAAUAACUCCUCCCUCGAAGACGACUUUAGUUUCUCGUAAAAGAAAGAGUGAGGGAAACACAGAGGAUGAAAAGGUGCGUGUCACAGUUACAGAAGAUACAGAAGUACAAGAACUCAAAAGGAUCCAUUUUUCUCCUGUGGAGCCUAAAGCAUCAGCUGUUAAAAUCACAAGAACAGUGAUGACAUCCACCUCCAAACGCAUUAGCAGCAGAGAGAGAGUAAACCUGAAAAGGAAAACCGAUGCAUUCGGCUACAGGACUCCUAGUUCUAAAACAAACAGAAGGACCAAAGCCAUUGUUCCUGUGGCACAGUCUACUUUGACUUUCAUAAAACCCCUAAAAACAGGUAUUCCUAGACACCCGAUGCCAUUCGCUGCAAAAAAUAUGUUUUAUGACGAACGCUGGAAGGAAAAGCAGGAACAGGGCUUCACUUGGUGGCUAAAUUUUAUAUUAACUCCUGAUGACUUCACUGUAAAAACAAAUAUUUCUGAAGUAAAUGCUACCACUCUUCUUUUGGGAGUAGAGAAUCAACAUAAAAUAAGUGUGCCGAGAGCUCCUACCAAGGAUGAGGUGUCCCUCAGGGCUUACACGGCCCAGUGCAGGCUGAACAGAUUACGUCGUGCUGCGUGUCGUCUGUUUACUUCUGAGAAAAUGGUUAAAGCCAUGAAAAAGCUUGAAAUCGAAAUCGAGGCCAGGCGGUUAAUUGUUCGGAAAGACAGACACCUCUGGAAAGAUGUGGGAGAACGGCAGAAAAUCCUGAACUGGCUCUUGUCAUAUAAUCCUUUGUGGCUACGAAUCGGCCUAGAGACAGUAUAUGGAGAACUCAUUCCUUUGGAAGACAACAGUGAUGUCACAGGGCUGGCAGUGUUUAUUCUGAAUCGCUUACUGUGGAAUCCUGAUAUCGCAGCCGAGUACAGGCACCCGACUGUGCCACAUCUGUACAGAGACGGACACGAAGAAUCUUUGUCAAAGUUUACAUUGAAAAAGCUGUUACUGUUGGUUUGUUUCCUUGAUUAUGCUAAAAUCUCCAGACUUAUUGACCAUGAUCCUUGUCUCUUCUGUAAAGAUGCUAAAUUCAAGGCUAGUAAGGAAAUUCUUCUGGCUUUUUCACGAGACUUCCUAGGUGGUGAAGGUGACCUUUCUCGCCACCUGAGCUUCCUGGGGUUACCUGUGAACCACGUUCAGACACCUUUUGAUGAAUUUGACUUUGCUGUUACAAAUCUUGCUAUAGACUUGCAGUGCGGAGUACGUCUUGUGCGAACCAUGGAACUUCUCACACGAAACUGGAAUCUCUCAAAGAAACUCAGGAUUCCUGCAAUAAGUCGUCUUCAAAAGAUGCACAACGUUGAUAUUGUUUUUGAAAUUCUUAAAUCACGAGGUGUUCAGCUGAAUGAUGAACUUGGAAAUACAAUCCUAUCUAAGGAUAUUGUAGAUAGGCACAGAGAAAAAACCCUGGCACUGCUUUGGAAGAUAGCAUUGACUUUUCAGGUGGAGAUUUCCCUUAAUUUAGAUCAGUUAAAGGAAGAAAUUGACUUUUUAAAGCGCACGCAGAGUUUGAAGAAAACAAUGUUUGCACUGUCGUGCCGUUCUGAUGCUGUCAUCAGUAAGAAAAAGGAUAAGAGGCAUAGUGGUCAGUUCGAACAGUAUAGUGAAAGCAUAAAGCUACUGAUGGAUUGGGUAAAUGCUGUCUGCGGCUUCUACAAUAAAAAAGUGGAGAAUUUUACAGUGUCUUUCUCAGACGGCCGUGUAUUAUGUUACCUGAUCCACCACUAUCACCCUUGCUACGUGCCCCUGGACGCGAUAUGUCAGUGUACUACACAGACCGUGGAGUGUACGCAGACCGGCUCCGUGGUGUUAAACUCCUCCUCUGAAUCUGAGCAGAGCUCUCUGGAUUUGUCUCUUAAAGCACUUGAUUCUGAAAAUACUUCAGAACUAUACAAAGAACUCCUAGAAAAUGAAAAGAAAAAUUUUCAGCUGGUUAGAUCAGCAGUUAGAGACCUUGGUGGAAUCCCUGCUAUGAUUCAUCACUCAGAUAUGUCAAAUACCAUUCCUGACGAAAAGGUGGUUAUUACCUACUUGUCGUUUCUUUGUGCAAGGCUUUUGGAUCUUCGUAAAGAAACCAGAGCUGCUCGACUCAUACAAACAACUUGGAGAAAAUAUAAGCUAAAAAAAGAUCUCAAACACCACCAGAAGAGAGACAAAGCUGCAAGAAUCAUUCAGUCAGCUGUAAUCACUUUUCUAACUAAACGACGAUUAAAAAAGGAGGUUAACGCAGCAGUGGUCAUUCAGAAAAACUGGCGAAGAAUCCUAGCACAGAGAAAAUUAUUAAUGUUAAAAAAAGAAAAACUAGAAAAAGUUCAAAAUCAAUCAGCAUCUGUUAUUCAGAGAUAUUGGAGAAGAUACUCCACGAGAAAACACUUUCUGAGGUUGAAAUAUUAUUCAGUCAUCCUGCAAUCUAGGAUAAGAAUGGUCCUUGCUGUUGCUUCUUACAAACGGUACCUACGGGCAACAGUAACCAUUCAGAGGCACUGGCGUGCUUGCCUAAGAAGAAAACAGGAUCAACAGAGAUAUCAAAUGCUGAGAUCCUCAGCCCUUGCCAUCCAGUCUCUGUUCAGAAGAUGGAAGCAGCGUAAAAUGCAAUUGCAAAUAAAAGCUGCAGUCACGCUGCAGAGAGCGUUUCGAGAAUGGCACGGCAGGAAACGUGCUAGAGAGAAAGCUGCCGUGGUCAUCCAAUCCUGGUACAGGAGGCACAGAGAAUCACGGAAGUACCGUCAUAUUAGAUCCUGCAUUGUCAUCAUUCAGACAAGAUUCCGCUGCUUUCAAGCCCAGAAGUUACGUGAAAGGAGAAAGAAGGCCAUCCUGACGCUCCAGAGAUACCACAAAGCACGCCUGAAGGGGAAGGCAGAGCGGACCAGCUAUUUGCAGAAACGGGCUGCAGCCAUCAGACUACAGGCCGCCUUCCGGAGAAUGAAGGCUCGUAAUUUGCACAGACAGAUCCGAGCCGCCUGUGUCUUCCAAUCGUACUGGAGAAUGAGACAGGACAGACUGCGGUUUCUAAACCUCAAGAAAAACAUUAUCACAUUGCAGGCACAUGUCAGAAAACAUCAACAAUUACAGAAAUAUAAGAAGAUAAAGAAAGCCACACUCAUAAUUCAGAGUCAUCUUCGAGCCUACAUUUCAGCCAGGAAAGUGCUUGCGUCUUACCAGAAAACACGUUCUGCUGUCAUCGUUCUGCAGUCCGCAUAUAGAGGGAUGCAGGCUAGGAGAACAUUUCUUCACAUCCUCACAGCUGUUAUAAAGAUCCAAGCCUAUUACCGGGCUUAUAUCUUCAGAAAAAAAUUUCGGAGGCUAAAACAUGCUGCAAUAAAGUUACAGUCAUUAGUUCGGAUGAAACAAACACGUAAACGAUAUUUACAUUUAAGAGCAGCUGCACUGCAGAGAGAAGAGCGCAGGCGGGCAUCCUGCAUCACACUGCAAGCUUCGGUCAGAGGGUACCUGGUUCGAAAGCAGAUACGGUUGGAGAGAAGAGCUGCCGUUUCGCUCCAGUCUUAUUUUAGGAUGAGGAAGGUGCGGCUGGACUACCUGCGAAUGUAUAAAGCCGCUGUCGUCAUUCAGAACUACUAUCGUGCCUACAAGGCACGGGUCAAUCAGAGGAAGAACUUCUUGCAAGUCAAAAGAGCAGCAACCUGCUUACAGGCAGCUUACAGAGGUUAUAAGGUCCGCCAGCUAAUCAAACAACAGUCUGCAGCCGCUCUCACCAUCCAGGCCGCUUUUAGAGGCUAUAGUAGGAGGAUGAAAUAUCACUGUGUGCUGCAGUCUACUCUCAAGAUUCAGAGAUGGUACAGGACACACAAGACUGUUUCUGACACAAGAGCACAGUUUUUAAAGACUAGGGCUGCUGCAAUUUCUCUCCAGUCUGCCUAUCGUGGCUGGAAAGUUCGGAAGCAGGUCCGCAGGGAACAGCAAGCUGCGGUGAAGAUCCAGUCUACUUUUAGAAUGGCCAAGGCCCAGAAAGAAUUCAGGCUGUUCAAAAAAGCAGCAUGCACCAUCCAGCAACAUCUGAGAGCUUGGGCUGCCGGCCGGAGGCAGCGUGCCGAGUACACUGCGCUUCGCCGGGCAGCGGCGACGCUCCAGUCCACGUGGAGGGGGCGAGUGGCCAGGCGGCAAAUGCAGAAGCAGCACGCGUGUGCUGUCAUCAUCCAGUCUUGCUACCGAGCGUACGUGCAACGCAGAAGGUGGGAAAGCAUGAAAAGAGCGGCCUGUCUGAUUCAGAUGUAUUACAGGGCCUAUAGCACUGCAAGAAAACAGCACCGUUUGUACUUGAAAAUCAGAGCGGCUGUAGUAACCCUCCAGUCAGCCUACCGAGGUCUGAGAGUGAGGAGGGACAUCAAGGAGCAGCACAAGGCAGCCACCACUAUCCAGUCCAGGUAUAGAGCUCACCAAACCCAAAAGCAGUACGCAACCUAUAGAGCGUCUGCGGUCCUAAUUCAGAGGUGGUACCGAGAUACUAAGAUUGCAAACUGCCAGCGUAAGGAAUAUCUUACUCUGAAAAAGGCGGCAGUGACAGUCCAAGCUGUUUACAGAGGUGUUAAGGUAAGAAGACAGGUUCGGCUCAUGCACAGGGCGGCCAGUCUUAUUAAAGCCAUCUUCAAAAUGCAGCAGGCGAGGCGGAGAUAUCAUCAAAUGAGAACAGCAGCCAUCGUGAUUCAGAGAAGGUACAGAGCAUAUCAUCAGGGUAAGACUCAGCGCGCCAGGUACCUGACAACCUUGAAAGCUGUUAGCAUCCUCCAGGCCAGUUUUAGAGGCGCGUGCGUUAGACAGAGCCUCAGGAAGAUGCAGACCGCAGCAACGCUCAUCCAGGCCCACUACCGGAGAUACAGACAGCAAACUCAUUUUAACACAUUGAAGAAGGCGACAAAGAUGGUGCAGCAAAAGUACCGGGCAGUGAGGGAAAGGAACGUACAAUUGCAGAGGUACACCAGGCUGAGACAUUCCGUCAUCCGCCUUCAGGCUGCUUUUAGGGGGAUGAGAGCAAGAAGACAAUUAAAAGUCAGGCACGCAGCCGCAGCCCUCAUUCAGAGGAGAUUCAGGACACUGAUGAUGAGAAGAAGAUUCCUGUCUCUCAGGAGAACUGCUGUGUGGAUUCAAAGAAAAUACCGUGCAAAUGUUUGUGCAAAGCAUCACUUACAGCAAUUCCGACGGUUACAGAAGGCAGCCAUCAAGAUCCAGUCCUGGUACAGGGGGUGGAUGGUGAGGAAGAAGAUGCAGGAGAUGCAGAGGGCUGCCACCCUCAUCCAGGCCACUUACAGGAUGCACAGAACACAGGUGACCUUUCAGACCUGGAAGCACGCCUCAGUUCUCAUUCAGCAACGUUACCGGGCACGCAGAGCUGCAAAACUGCAAAGAGAACAUUAUGUCAGACUAAGGCACUCAGCAGUGGUCAUUCAGGCUGCACACAAGGGAAUGAAAGCAAGGCAGCUUUUCAGGGCGAAGCUCAGAGCUGCCAUAAUAAUACAAAGCACAUACAGAAUGUACAGGCAGUAUCGUUUCUACCGAAAGCUUCAGUGGGCUACAAAAGUAAUACAAGAAAGAUAUAGGGCAAGGAAAAAGAAAGCUCUUGCACACAAGGCACUCAAGAAAGCAGCAACCUGUGUCCAAGCGGAUUUUCAGGAUCUGGCGGAAAGGAGACAGAUUCAGGAACAGCAGCAUCUGGCUGCCACUACUGUUCAGAAGCAUUUUAAAGCCUUUAAAAUAAGGAAGCACUAUCUCCACUUUAGAGCAAAGGUAGUUUUUGUUCAAAGAAGGUACCGAGCGCUCGCCGCGGUACGCACCCAGGCAGUCAUUUGUAUACAGUCCUAUUAUAGAGGGUUUAGGGUGAGAAAGGAUAUCCACCGCCUGCACGCGGCUGCCACGCUGAUUCAGUCAUUCUACCGAAUGCACAGGGCCAGGGUCGAUUACCAAGCAAAGAAAGCCGCUGUUGUUGUUAUACAGAACUACUACAGGUCAUACAUCAGAGUGAAAAUGGAAAGAAAGAAAAUUCUAGCCACCCAGAAAUCUAUACAAACUAUUCAGGCUACUUUUAUAGGCAUGAAUGUUAGACAGAAAUUUAAAAGCAUGCCUGAAGCAACGAUGGUCGCCUCUGGUACCCAACCUGCAUCCUGCUGUUACAGAACUGAAACUCCCUAUGAAGCUGGUCCAUUGCAGGAAGCAGAGUUUCAUUCUCAAAGAAAGGCUGCCGUCACCAUCCAAAAAGCUUUUCGUAAAAUGGUCACAAGAAAAUUGGAAAAACAGAAGUGUGCUGCCGUGAGAAUUCAGGCCUUCCUUCGGAUGGCUGUGUGUCGAAGAAGAUUUGCUCAGCAGAAAAGGGCAGCUAUCACUUUACAGCGGUAUUUCAGGACGCGGCAAACCAGGAAACAGUUUUUACUGUGUAGAGAAGCAGCAGUGGUCUCACAAAAUCACCAAAGAGCCUUUCUGUCUGCAAAACAUCAAAGAGAAGUUUAUUUACAAAUAAGGAGCAGUGUUAUCUUCAUUCAAGCAAGAAUGAAAGGAUUGAUCCAGAAACGGAAGUUUCAGAAAAUGAAAGCUAGCACCAUAAAAAUCCAGAGAUGGUUUCGGGCAAGGUUACAGCAAAAGCGGCUUCUUCAGAAAUAUCACCGUGUGAUAACAAUUCAGCAUGAAGCUCAAGAACGGAUAAGCCAGCAGAACAGGGCAGCCUCAGUGAUACAGAGAGCUGUACGCCAUUUUCUUCUCCGUAAAAAGCAGGAAAAGCUUAAUAACAGAAUCACUAAAAUCCAGGCAUUAUGGAGAGGCUAUUCUUGGAGGAAGAGAAAUGAUUGUGCCAAAAUUAAAGCUAUUCGGCAGAGACUCCACUGCGCAAAUAGGGAGAUUCGGGAAGAAAACAAACUCUACCAAAGAACCGCACUUGCUCUCCGCGGUCUCCUGACGUACAAGUACCUCUCCGCUAUCCUGGAGGCUCUGAAGCACCUGGAGGUAGUCACUAGACUCUCCUCACUUUGCUGUGAGAACAUGGCCCAGAGUGGAGCCAUUGCUAAAAUAUUUGUCUUGAUCCGAAGCUGUAACCGGAGUGUCCCCUGCAUGGAGGUCAUCGGAUAUGCUGUGCAGGUCUUGCUGAAUGUCGCCAAGUAUGAGAAAACGACUCCGGCAGUUUAUGAUGUAGAAAAUUCCGUAGACACGCUGCUGGAGCUUCUGCACAUGUACCAGGAAAAGCCCGGUGAUAAAGUUGCAGACAAGACCAGAAGCAUUUUCACAAAAACGUGUUGUUUGUUAGCUGUUCUACUGAAGACGACAAACCGAGCUUCUGAUGUUCGAAGUCGGUCGAAAGCUGUUGACCGUAUAUAUAAUCUCUACAAACUUACGGCUCAUAAACAUAAAGUGAAUACUGAAAGAAUACUUUGUAAACAAAGAAAGAAUUCUUCUCUGAGCUUGGCCUGUAUUCCAGAAACACCUGUAAGAACCAGAAUGGUCUCAAGACUCAAGCCAGACUGGGUUUUGAGAAACGAUAAUGUGGAAGAAAUCCUGACUCCUCUGAGAGCUCUGCAGAUGGUGAUGGACACGCUAGGCCUUCCUUACUAGGAGCAGCAAACGCCGCAGCGCAGACAGUGAAAAAAUACAAAAACUGGUGGUGCCCCUUACAUAGAGAGCUGUUGGCUUUCCUUGUGCAACUUUUCAAAUGCCUUUGUAUUAAAGUCCAAAAGAUACAUGUAAUAAACUUUUUCUAUUCUUUUAUGUAAUAGCUCCAUGCAGAGGACAAUUUCAUGUCAUAAAAUGAUUCCAACACCGUUAUCCAUGUCUGUUACCUUAAGUUAUUGUAUUCGUUUGAAUAUAAUCCUAUUCCUAAAGGGAAAAGGUUAGCUUGUUAUUCCUGUCAUAUAGGUAAAUGGAGGCAUUUAUCUAAAAUAACUGUUGGAAAUUUUAAGGUUCUGCCAAGUGGAGUUCCCACUGGGGCUCAGUUUUAAGGCCCCGAGGUUGUCUCUGAGGAUGCAAGUUCUAGCCCCAGCCCCACGCAGUGUGUUAAGGACCCCGUGUGGCUGUGGCGUAGGCUGCAGCUGCAGCUCCGAUUCAACCCCUGGCCCAGGAAUUUCCAUAUGCCCCAGGUGCGGCCUUAAAAAAAAAUAAAGUAAAAGCUUCUGCCAACUCACUUGGAAGUGAGAAGAGGGUAAAAUAACCCCCUAAAUGCCAUAGAAAUAUCAGACUAUCCAGGUAGGUGAGUGAGCCGCUCUGCGAAAGUUAGAGGAAUCCAACAACCCCUUCACCCCUUAACCUUAUAACACAAGUGGGGUUAUAAUUUGACCUGGGAAGAGCAAAGUGUUACUCGUAAUAGAAAUUUGUUGUCUAGUCACUUAGCACAGACCUGAGCAUGAUUCAGUGUGGAAAUAUGACUAGUUAUUUUCUGGAGCUUUGGGCCCCUGUUCCCAAUACUGAACCGGUGGGAUUCCGGGGCCUGCUGGAAAUCUGACUGGGUCCCAAAGCCUGUCCAGGUACGGGGGCCUGGAGAGGCCUUAACGCCUGAGGUAAAUCAGCAGUAGCUUGAAACUGCUACUUAAAGACUGUUUAACUACUUCAAGAGUUUGUUGGAAUAAAGAGUAGACCUAAUUAGUCAGAAAUUGUCUGAGUUCCGGUUAGAAUAGAUCUAAAAAACAAACUGACAUAUUAAAGAAUGUAGUGAAAUUAAUUGGAAUUUUUUUGUUGUUGUUUUUCAGGGGCACACCCGAGGCAUAUGGAGGUUCCCAGGCUAGGGGUUGAAUCAGAGCUACAGCUACCGGCCUACACCACAGCCAUAGCAAUACAACUUCUCUAUUUUAUUUAGCAGAAUUUUAGUACAAGCAGUUUAUUUACUUGGAAAAUUAUACUGCUAUUAUACUCAACCAGCAUAAGAUGUUAUUUAUUUCCACUAAGAUGUUUAUAACCAAUUAGUAUUUGCACAAGAAUUAGUUCUAUGAAGUUAGACAUGAAAGAUGAUUCCAGAUGUUUUUCUAUUGUUGGAGUUCCUUGUCGUUGCUCAGCGGAAACGAAUCUGACCAGCAUCCAUGAGGAUGCAGAUUCAAUCUCUGGCUUUGCUCAGUGGGUUAAGGAUCCGGUGUUGCCAUGAACUGUGGCGUAGGUUGCAGACAGGGCCCAGAUCCCGUGUGGCUGUGGCUGUGGUGUAAGCCGACAGCUGCAGCUCCAAUUAGACCCCUAGCUGGAAACUUCCAUAUGCCAUGGGUUCGGCCCUAAAAAGACAAAAAGUUUUUCUAUUGUUUAAAAACUAAAAUUUUUAAAAUUUUACAUGUUAUUUUCUUUUUGCAUGAAGAACUUUCCUCCUAAAUGUAUGUGAUGAUCCAUUUCAGGAUCCUAAAGUUUUCUAAAAGCUGGAAGUCUUGUUUAUGUUUGUGAGAGAGAGAGUGUUGGUGCAUGGGAUGAAUGGUCUAGAGGUAAUUAAGCCUUUUUUUUUUAGAAGUAGUUGUUUUCUACAGAGAAAUUAAAGAAGAAAUAUAAGGUAUUAACUCCUAAACCAUUCUAUGUGGGUGAGUUUACUACUGGUGAAGUUCGGUGAAUUUUAAAUUCACCCUCUCAAAGUGUAAUUAACCCAAAUUUCCAGUAGAUGUUGUUAUGACUGUAGAGUGUUAUUUUUAAUUUAGCUUUAAAUGUAUAAUAGAUAAUGUUAUAUAGCUAUGAUGUUUGCAAGUGCGUAUCCAUCCUUGGACGUUCUCAUCUAUAUAUUCCUAAUACAGCUUGUUAAGCUAUACCUUAUUUUGGCUUUCACACUUGAAGAAAUUCACAUUGUGCAUUGUGUAUUCAAAAUUGUUGAAUUUUUCUCAAUAGGUGAUUUUUUGGGGGGUUUAUUAUCUUUUAACUUCUAAUUUUUCAUUGUAGCAAUGAAAGCUUAUUAAAGUUUAAAACCUUUACUGAUUGAGAAAAAUAUUCUCUUUUGGAUUGCUUCUUGCUAGUAAAGCUUGCUAACAGGCUUGCUUUUCAUUUUUAUAUUUUCCAACUGAUUCUUCAUGUAAAGAAAGAGUGAUAAACUACUGCAGUUCUGCUUUCAAUAAAGAGGGAAAUUCCAAUGAAAAUGCUUAUAAUUUCUUGAUCAAAAGUAAAUUUGGGAGUUCCCGUCUUGGCGCAGGGGAAACGAAUCUGACUAGGAACCAUGAGGACUCGGGUUCGAUCCCUGGCCUCACUCAGUGGGUUAAAGGUCUGGCGUUGCCGUGAGCUGUGGAGUAGGUUGCAGACUCGGCUCAGAUCCUGCAUUGUUGUGGCUGUGGUGUAGGCUGGGAACCUCCAUAUGGCACAGGUGUGGCACUAAAAAGACAAAAUAAAUUUGGAGUAAAAGUAAUGCAGACCAGUAUUUAUUUAUAACCUAAAUUUGAACACAUGCAUAUUUGUAGCUGUGUGUAAAAAUUGCCAACCGGUUUAAAGGAAGAAAAAAAUAGUCCCCAAACCGCUUAUUUCAAGAAAUGCUUAUGGAUUCAUGGGUGGCUACCUAAAGCAGUGCUUGUGUAAAUUAUGGACCGUUUGUGUCAGAAAAUUUUCCAGAAGCCAAUUUCAAAAACAAGUCUUAGCAGAGUUUUAGUCAAUGAAUAAUAAUCUUUUUUUUUUUUUCCUUUUUGCUUUUUAGGGCCACACCUGCAGCACCUGGAGGUUCCAAGGCUAGGGAUCGAAUAGGAGCUGUAGCCGCCGGCUUACACCAGAGCCCACAGCAACGCCAGAUCCUUAACCCAUGAGGGAGGCCAGGGAUCGAACCCACAUCCUCAUGGAUCCUAGUUGGGUUCGUUAACCGCUGAGCCACAAAGGGAACGCCUCAGACUUGAAGCUGACCCAAAUUAACCACAGGUCUUUCCUUGAAAAGCGUAAAUCAUCGAGACCACAAAGUUCCAAAGCACUGACGUCAGAGAGAUGCUGCCGGAGCAACUGCUGUCCGGGUGGGAGACAGAUCCCUGGUUCUUCUUCUCCAGCAUCUCCCAGGGCCCUUUGGAUGUUUGCACCAACUCUGGGAGGUAGGAAUAUUUUACAGAUGCUGAAACGGAGCCUCGGAGGUAUGAAGUACCCAAGCGCAUUACUGCUGGAGCUGAGAGUAGGAGCCCGUUGCUUCUGGCUCCACACCGGACAUGCUUGACUCUUACUCUCAGGUGGGUCUCAAGGUUGCAGGGAGUUCUGAAGAGGCUCCUGUCUCUUUCCUACCACAUGCAGCCCAAGGUCCUUCCUCAUCACAUCUCUGCCCAAGGCUUCAACACCUGUUUCUCAACAAAGCAGCGUGGGAUGGUACAAAAAUUCCUAUGAAAUACUAAAAGUAAUUUUGAGAAAAUAAUGAAAAUAAUUUUGAAAAAAUAUUGAAAAGAAAUUCCUCCAGGAGGCACACCUGUAAUAGCAAAUUGUCUCCUGUGCUAAAAAAAAAAAAAAAAAA